AGACGGUGAGAGAGAGACGGUGAGAGAGAGACGGUGAGAGAGAGACGGAGAGAGAGAGAGAAAGAGAGAGAGAAACGGUGAGAGAGAGGGAGAGAGAGAGAGAGAGAGAGUGAUAGAGGAGGAAGAAGGGGUAGAGCAAGAGGGAAACAGAGAGAGAGAGAGUCUGGGUGAGAUAGAGAGAGGGAGGGACAUGAGGAGAGAGAGAGGGGAUCAGUUAGCUCCGCUGUGCUCGGAUUCGGCAACUCAGAGAGAGAGAAAGUGACAGAGAGAAGGGGGAAAAGCGCUGGACUAACACAGUUGACUAACUGGAGGAGUGUGAGAGAGAAAGGAGGAGAGGAGAGGUGUGUGUGGAUAGGAGCGGAGGAAUAGCGUAAAGGAGUGGAGGAAAUGAAAAACCAGAGACACGACGACCAAUGGUCAGACUGAUUGGUGACGUCAUACCAGUGACAGAAGCAGAGCUGGGACAGAACAACCAUGGAUUCUAUGGUCAAUGAGCAACAAUACACUAAUCCACUGUAACUCUAGAUCUCUCUCUCAACAACACUCUUCUCUUGGAUAAACAGAGACCAGUGACUCAUCUCUCCACUCAGAUAUAAGACUGCCUCCUCCCAUUGGGAUGUCACAGAGUGGCUCCUCCCCUUCCAGCUCCUCUGGGGGCUGAGCCAAUUCUGGGGCUAUGGGCAGAAGGUUGGCUGAUCCGACCAAUCCGGUGCCUGCGCUGGGGGUGCCCCUGGUAGGGGGACGAUGGGGGCCGUUGUGCAGUGUGGGGGUGCAGACCUCCCCCAGCCUUAGGACCCUCCCAUCAAUCAAACGCAACCAGCCAACACGGACGGAGCAUCCAGAGAUAGGACGGGGCAACAACCAUGUCGUCACAGCAAAGACAAUGCCCUCAGAGACUGGGGUUGUUUGGGACUCAGGCAGCACUGGGGGCAGCGGUGGAUUUGCCGUUUCCAAGGAGAUGAGUCAGAACGCCAUCAACAGUCUGACAAAGGACGACAUGGGGUCACAGGGGUCAGGGGGCGGGGUCUACUGUCAGAUCAAAGCCAUACGGGCCAAUCCCAGGGAGUCUGGCCAUAGGUCCAGCGGGAAAUGGACAUCUCGAUACACCAAUGGGAGUGUGGUCGCCCCUGAGGUGGUGGGCGGGGUCUGCACUGAGGGUGCUGAGGGCAAUGAGCCAAUCAAAGCGAGGAGGAGGGUCCAGUCUCUUAGAGGGGAGGAGUCUCGCCCUGGGCUGAGGUCAGGGAGUCUGUCUCAGUCUGUGAGCUCUCAUGCCACGCCUCCAAGGCCCUGUAGAAUGAUGACAUCAUCAUCGCCCCGCCUCUGUGGAACAUGUGGGCGGAGACAGUCACAGGCCCGACCCACCUGCAUGGCAACCGCGUGCCGCAGGCGAGCGGCCAAUCAGAUCACAGAAAGUCAGACUCUACCGAUUCCUCCCCGGAAAAAGUCUGUACUCCCCAACCAGAAACGGAAAGACUCCCCUGUUCUGAACUCCCACACACACACACCAUCAACACCACACACAGCAGUGAAGAACACUCAAACACAAACUCAGACAUUGCCCUCUCCACAUGCAACCCAAAGGACACACACUCUGCCUGCGAAAGAUGCACCUGUGAUCCCAUGUCCCAACACUAAGGAUACACAACACACACAUACCCACACAACAGACCCAGAACCCAGGUUUCCCAGGUUACAUCAGAAAGAAACACACACACAGACAACAGACACACAGUCACAUGCCACGAAGACGACUUCUUCUCCAGCUACACAGUCUUUUCCAGACAGAAACACAGAGACGUCAUCUGACAACCAAAACACUCCACUAGACUCAUCUAUACAAGUCACCCCCAAGCCGCCAACCCCAGUCCUCCUCAUAGGCACAAAAUCUUCGGCCGCACCCCUUCUCCCACAUAAAAACUCCCCAAACCUCUGCCACCCUGCACAGGUGAACACAAAACCAGCACCCCCUGUCCUUCAGACCCAACUCAAACCUACACCCCUCACCCCUUCCCUGCACCCCAAAGCACCACAAGCACAGCCAAUGAAAUUAGAAGACUCCAAAACCCAUGCUCCAUUAAAAGACGCCCAUGCUCCCCCUGCUGCCAAUCUGGCCCCACAAUGCAACGGGGCUCCAGGGGGGCUUGUGGGGGUCCAGGCGGGGGUACCCAGAGGGUUUCAAGAGUGUGUGUCAGGGGGCCUCCACGGGCGUCUCCACAGUGUGGAGGAGAGUCUGCUCUCCAACCAGGAGAAGAUCAAGGUCCUCCUCAAUGUUAUCCAAGACCUGGAGAAGAGCAAGGCACUCAGCGAAGGGCGCUGCUCAUACAGAACUGGACAGGACAUCAACAACUGUCCCACCUGUCAGAAGACUGCCUGCAUUAUCUACAGUGUGGAGCAUGACUUCAGGCAGCAGGAAGGGAGGUUCCAGCCAGUGAUGGAGACUCUAGACAGGGACUAUGAUUUUAACCUCCCUGUCCCCAAACCUGCCCCCUCCCACCCGAACACCAAGACCCUCGUCAAGAAGCUACGCAAGAAAUGCUUCUGGUGGCUGUAGACACACACAGACACACUUGACCACACAGCCAUCGCCAGCAGUACAGUGAAGACAUUCCGGACUGCUGUUACAAUGGAGAUUGGACAGGUGUGUGUCUAUGGACCAUGGGGACUGCUCCUGUUUCAUUGUUGUUGCUAUGGGAACUGUACACCUGUUAUGGUAUCUAUGGAGAUCUAUGGUUAAUCUCUCACGUGGUUGGAGAGCGAACAGUACAUCAGCCCACAACUAUGGGCUGAUUGAUAAAGUUACUUUAACCUAAAGUCUUGGGACAGUUACUGAGCUAUGGAUUUAGGGUAGACACUAAACUUUGACAAGAGUUCAGUCUAGAAAGCUGUGACAGCGGUGUCCUUUCCUUAGUUCUAACAUCUGUCAGAUGAGAAUUCAUAGUUGAUGGACCAUGUCACAGUGGAGAGAGGAACUCUACUACCUAAACAGAGACAAUUCCACCAUCAAGCCCUUUAGAGAGUGACAGGCCGUGCAACCAAUUAACAGUCUCCCAUACUUGACUGACAAAGCGAGGAUCCAUUCCGGAUUCUCCCUCCUAGUGCACCAAACACAAAGACAAUAAUAACCACUCCACUCUACGAGCUUCCACUCUUCCACAAUGCUAUUGGUUAUAACUCAAGCUCAACCAAUUAGAAUCAGCCUUUGCUUCUAAGACCACGCCCUAUUUGCUGUUUAACCAAUCAUCAUUUUAUAAACCAUCCCAGUGUAUGAUCUCCCACAAUGCUCUUCUUCUUCCUCUCACUGUGUUUCUGCAGCUGUUUGUAACAGUUAUAUUGGGAUCCAAUAAAGGUGUGUAUUUUAAACAGAACAUGACUUCAGCUUGAA